AUGCAGCAGCCUCAAUCUCUACCCGGACUCAAUUUACCCCGUACUCUCACUCGCCCUGCGCCUUCUGAGGCUAGCAGGGAGAAUAUCUCAGCCAUUGAUCCUGCGCUUGCGCAAAUUCCAUUCGAGUACAUCCGCAGGGGAUUGCAUGCUCGAGGAGCCGAGAUGUACGCGUCCAUCUCGCGUCUCCCCCUUCCCCACUCUGUAUCAAAAUCGCGCAUCCCAUCGUCUGUUGAUCUCCCUAUCACGACCUCUUCCCCUCCGACACACGUUCUUGCCGUCUAUACGAGCGUGUCACCCUCUAGGCCCCUAGAUGAUGCAAGCAAAGCCUUCAUUAUUCCUACCCAUGGCCUCGUGCUUGCAGCGCACUGCGCAAAGCUUCCGCGUCUGCCGCCCUCGCGACUGCAGGUACGCGCGAACGGCACCGCAACUAUACCUGUGAUUAGACUUUCUGUUCCUGUCGCCGAGGCAUUCGUACCACUCCACACAUUUCUGGUCUCGCGCCGAAUGGACAUUUUUUUAUGCUCGCUGCUCCCACUACCUUCCUCGAUGGUAUCCUCUGCACGCGCGAGCAGCUCGUCUCAGAGUACUCUAGAGAACAUGUCCGCCCACCAGCUCGCUACCUACCUCGCCACUGCGCCAGUGGGCGACAAAAUGAGCGCGUUGAUGGGCGUAGCACGCACCAUCAUCGGCGUUUGGCAGAAUGCCUCGCUGCUGGGGGUGCUCGACUUUGAGAUGUGGGAUGGAUUGGAUUUUGCAUGGGAGAUUCUCUUGGCCGCGAUGAACAUGGCCAUCACAUCACAUCAUUGA